ACACAAUUGUAGGCUUCCGUUACCCAAUAUUUCGUUUAUCCGGCUGUGUGCUGAGUGCUCUGUUUACUCACUGACUUUGUUCCAUGGUUUACCUGUUACAUGUGUGAGUCAGAAAUAGAAGCAGAGGAUUGCAGAUACACAUUCAUAUCCUGUGUUUCCCUGAACCUGUGGACUGUUCGGAGAGAAACCCCUAAGAAUGAACUUUUCAAUAUUUCUUUGCAUCGUCUGCUUGUGUCUGGCCUUGUCGCUGUCAGAAGGGAGGAGGCACAGGCGAGAAGCCUCCUUGAACUUCAAAUCAACUCCCAAACUGGUGGUGGAGGGUGUCACGCAGGAGCUCAAAUUGGAAUGUAACACCCCGUCAAGUCUCACUGACGUCUUCAUUCCCAUCGUGAUCCGCAUCGAGAAGACAGACGUCAACGCCUCCAGCACCGACUCCAUCGCCACGCAGAUACUCAGCAGAGAUCUGGUAGCCGUCGAAGACAGCAGGAUACGUGCAGAAGGGAAGUUACAGAGCAAGUCUGAGGAAGUCUCCAGUCUCGUUAUUCAAAUUGAAAAGCCCCAGGUCAAUGACUCUGGUAAAUACACCUGCACGUUUGAUUACCUGGACUUUAAAUUCCAGACACGAACUCUGACCAAAAGUGCAAAUGUCACUGUCGUUGAAAUUGCUCCAGUCAGCUUAUUACCUGUACCAGAUGAACAGUGUGACUGUAAAGAUAUUUGGGUAGAAAUCAACAAAAUAAAAGAGUCUAAUUCCAAGGACAUAGAGCUGUUGAAACUAAAUAUUCAGGCCUUAGAAAAAAGUUCUCAGGUUGGUGGCGCUGUCAUUGCAAGCCCCCAGGAGGUUUCCGAUGAUUCAUGCAAGGCGGCUUUCUCAGCGAGAUUCGCACGAAGGGACGGCAACCCCAUCGUUUCUGAAUCUGUCAUUGUCUUCGAUGCGGUCACCACUAACAAGGGGGAAGCCUAUGAUGUCAAAAGUGGAGAAUUCACAGCUCCCUGCUCUGGUCAAUAUUUCUUCACUGUGACCCUUCGUACACACCAAGACUUGGACAGUGGCUAUGUGGAUGGUGUACUGCAAGUGGAUGGUCAGGAAUUGGCCAGAACGUCUGUCCACUUGGAUGCACCGAUUGAGAACAUGGAAACUUCCACCAACGGUCUGGUGGUGAAACUUGAGAAAGGUCAAAAGAUCAGUGUGGUGACAAAGACUACUAGCUCUGGUUCAUUCAUUGGAGAAUCCUAUUCCAUCUUUUCUGGGUUUUUCUUGUUCCCAUGAGAAACUGAUAGCAUAGCUAAAAUCUCCACCACUCUACAUAGAUUUAAGUCUCCCUUUAACCUAAUCUAAUUAAAUUGAAAAGUAGUUCCUUGAAUUAGAUAUUAUCUUAUCUUUUGAUGACAUGUUUAUGAUUUAUAAAGUAUCAUAAUAAUAAUAGAACAAUAGAAAAUUGAUUAUUUAAUAAGGUUAACAAUAAUAAUGCUUUAAAAAUAAUUUUUAAAAUAAAAACAAUAUCUUAAAGUAUUUUGUUCUAGUCCUGGUUUAAAAAAUACAAAGAACAAUAAUCAUGAUAUUAAUAUAAGUAUCUAAUUAUUAUUAUUAAUAUUAUGCCUUUAUGAUAUGCCCUCUCCAUUUUUUAAUAUAUUUUUUGCCGAUAACCCCCCUUUUAACUAUUUCUACAGGCUUUAUUUGAUAAUACAUUUACAUUAAUCAAAAAUCAUUUGAUUUGUUCCAAUACCCUUGAUAUUUUUUAAUGUUUGAAAUACUCAAUUUGAUUUUCUAUAGUUUUUACUUUUAUGUCCGUUUUAACUCUAUGCAUUGUACGUGACUUGUUAAAUACAAAAUAUUAAACAAGCAUCAAUGGUAA